UCAUCAAGUUUUCGGCGAUAUAUUCGCACUGGGCUAGCCCCAUUGAUCAAUAUGUCUCACUUCAAAUUGUUACAGCAAUUCAAGCCUGACUACUCGGCGAGCGAGUUCACAGAGUAUGAGUCUCAACGUACUGGAAUGCGUGUCGUCGUUAUCGACCAAAAAGGCCCUAAAGUAAACGGUUAUUUCGUUCUGGCUACCGAGAUUCACGAUGACUCCGGCGCUCCUCAUACCCUGGAGCAUCUCUGUUUCAUGGGAUCUCGCAACUUCCGCUACAAGGGCUUCCUGGAUAAGCUCGCUACGCGUGUAUAUUCUAGCACCAACGCUUGGACGGCCACUGAUCACACAGCAUACACACUUGACACAGCUGGUUGGGAGGGAUUUGCACGAAUCUUGCCCGUCUAUCUGGAGCAUGUCAUCGCUCCUACCUUGACUGAUGAAGGUUGUUAUACCGAAGUACACCACAUUGAUGGCACCGGUAAUGAUGCUGGUGUUGUAUACUCUGAGAUGCAGGGAGUUCAAAACAACGCCGCUGAGCUGAUCGACUUAGCUGCUAGACGUUUGACAUACCCCACAGAUGUUGGCUUCCGGUAUGAGACCGGUGGUAUGAUGGAACAACUCCGUGUUCUCUCAGCUGAGCGAAUCCGGGAAUUCCACCGAGAGAUGUACCAGCCUAAGAAUCUUUGUUUGGUUAUUACUGGUGAGGUGGACCAGAACAACAUGUUGGAUAUUCUAGACGAGUUUGAAGACACAAUCUUGGAUGUGAUUCCAAGCCCGACAGCUCCCUUCAAGAGACCUUGGGUCGACUCCAAGCAGACCCCAGCUCUGGAGAAGUCCGUCAUCAAGAAGGUCGAAUUCCCUGAGGAGGAUGAAUCUUUUGGCGAGAUUGAAAUUCGAUUCCUUGGACCUGAUUGCAACAAUGCUAUUCUAUCGGGUGCUCUUAAUGUGGCUUUGCUCUACCUUGCCGGGUCAUCUGCUUCUCUAUUGGAGAAUACCAUUGUCGAGAAGGAACAGAUUGCCAGCGCCGUUUACUAUGCUACGGAGGAACAUCCCAGCAUUGAAAUUCGCUUCACUAUGACCAGUGUCGCGACUGAAAAGCUUGAGCAGGUCGAAAAGCGAUUCUUCGAGAUUUUGCAGGAGGCGAUGGAAAAAGAUCUUGACAUGAAGUACCUCAAGGAAUGUAUUGACCGUCAGCGUCGCACCUGGAAGUUUGCCACUGAGAGUUCUGCCGCAUCUUUCGCUGAGUAUGUCAUCACCGAUUUCCUGUUUGGCAACCGGGACGGCUCAACUCUGCGGGAUGUCGCAUCUCUGAAGGAGUACGAUACCCUUGAGCAGUGGACACAAGACCAAUGGCGAGGAUUCAUUAAGAUGUGGAUUUCAGAUGCAAACCAUGUUUCCAUUUUGGGUAUUCCAUCUCUGAAGCUGUCUGACAAAUUCAAGAACGAUGAGGAAGCUCGUGUUGCUGCGCAGAAAAAGCGUCUCGGCGAGGACGGGCUGAAGGAUCUCGCAGACAAGCUUGAGAAGGCCAAGGCAGAGAAUGACAAGGAAAUUCCAGAGCAUUUGCUGGCGGGUUUCCAAAUUCCUACCACCGAAUCUAUCCACUUUAUGGAGACAGUGACUGCCCGGUCAGGUGCUGCUCUCAAGGCUGGACGCCCUGAUAAUGCUCUUCAGAAGCUCAUUGAGAGCGAUGCAAACAAGACAGGACUGCCCAUUUGGAUGCACUUUGAACACAUCCCUAGCAGUUUUGUUCAGUUGUCCGUUCUUAUCUCCGCACAGUCUGUUCCUAUUCAACUGCGUCCCCUCCUGUCAAUUUUUACCGAAGCGUUCUUUAACGUCCCGCUCCAGCGUGAUGGUAAGACCAUUGACUUCGAGCAAGUCGUUGUUGAACUGGAGAAGGACACUGUUGGCUAUGGAAUGGAAGCCGCCCGAGCUCUUGGAAACUCUGAGAUGCUCCGUGUUUCAUUCCAGGUUGAGCUUGAGAAGUACGAGACUGCAAUUGCCUGGCUCCAGGAGUUGUCUUGGAACACUAUCUUUGAUGUUGAGAGACUACGCGCCAUCACCACCCGACUUCUCGCCGACGUGCCUGAUUCCAAGCGCAGCGGCGAGGAUAUGCUCGCCUCCGUGCAUGUGAUGGUUCACUAUGCGGAGGAGUCUAUUGUCCGCGCUCGCAACACUCUGGUCAAGGCCCGCUACCUCAAGCGUGUCAAGAAGCUGCUCGCCGAUCAGCCCCAGGAGAUUGUGAAUCGCAUGGAAGAGAUCCGCAAGUCCCUCUUCCAGCCUGAAAAUGUCCGUAUCGUCGUGAUCGCGGACCUGGAGAAGCUCACCAACCCUGUCUCUGCCUGGAAGCCCUUCGCUGAGCGUUUGGGUACUAGCACUGAGUUGAAGCCUAUCACCAACCGACGUGAUCUGAUGAGCGAUGCAGGUAAGACCAUUGGCAACAAGGCCUAUAUUGUCCCUAUGCCCACCGUCGAUUCUUCCUUUGCCUACGCCAGUGCCCGUGGUCUCGACUCCUACGACCACCCCAAGUUGCCUUCUCUGCUGGUUGCCAUGGCUUACAUGAACGCCGUCGAAGGUCCCCUCUGGGUGGCUGUCCGUGGUAAGGGUCUGGCUUACGGUACUACCUUUGCUCACAACAUCGACACCGGCUUUGUCAACUUCGAUGUAUACCGCUCUCCAAACGCCCACAAGGCCUUCGAGGCCAGCAAGCAGAUCGUCGAGGACCACCUGUCUGGCGCGUCACCCUUUGAUCCACUGAUGCUGGAGGGCUCGAUCAGCAGUAUCGUCGUCAGCUUCGCUAAUGAGCAGAUGACCGCUGCCAGCGCCGCGCAGGGCAGUUUCAUCCGUCAGGUCGUCCGCAACCUGCCUCUUGACUACAAGGAGAAGAUGCUGAAGAAGGUCCGCGAUAUCAGCGUCGAUGAAGUGAAGGAUGCUCUGCGUGAAAUCAUCCUGCCGCUAUUUGACGCCAAGACAGCGAAUUUGGUUGUUACCUGUGGUACUGUUCUAGAAGAGCCCAUCAAGCAAGGCUUCGAGUCUUUUGGCUUCACACCUAAGGUCCAGGCUUUGAAGGAGUUUGAAGAUGAUUAUGGCUUUAAGCUAGGUGCUAAUGAGGAUGAGGAAGAGGAGGAUGAUGACGAUGACGAGUCUGGAUCCGAGGAGGAGAGUGACGAGGAUGAUGAGUGA